UGGGUGUUAUUGUGUUAAGGUUUGGUAACACUGAGAGAGAGAGAGAGAGAGUCAAGACACGCAGAGCAGAGACGAUGGACAAGGGGAAGGGAGUUUUGGUUCGACGAUGGGCUAUCGAUUUCACCGACAAUUCAACAACUACUUCAUCCCGCGAUAUCCCAGAUCCUCUUGGGUACUCUCGAGCUUCUCAAGAUCAGGACGAUACCGCUGUAAGUAAACAAAAGAAGGAUGCAGAAGCCAAUUGGAAAUCUCAGAAAGCCUGGGAAGUGGCCCAAGCACCUUUCAAGAAUUUAUUAAUGAUGGGAUUUAUGAUGUGGAUGGCUGGAAAUACGGUUCAUUUGUUUAGCAUUGGUAUUACCUUUUCAGCUCUUUGGCAGCCCUUAAAUGCUCUUCAAGGUGUUGGGAAAGUUUUUGAACCUUACAAGGACUCAAAAGUAGAUACUCUUACUCCUAAGUUACUUUUCAUUGCCUUGAACUUGGCCAGUUUGGCAUUGGGUGUCUGGAAGCUGAACACAUUGGGUCUUCUUCCAACACAUGCUUCAGACUGGGUCUCAUCCUUGCCCCCUGCUCAGGAGGUUGAAUAUUCUGGUGGGGGUCUUCCACUCCGUUAAUGCUUGGUUUGGUGCGACUGGCCAACGCCAUUUAUUCAGUCGAGCAGUUCAAGUGGAAAGUUUACCUGCAUGGGUGUGAAGUUUGCUGCUCUUGAAGCUGGUGGAUGUACCAUUCGUGUUUCACCAUCUGAAUAUGGCAUGUGGGUUGAGGUUAUCUCAGUUACAUGGACCACAAUUUUGAUUUCAAUUUCAAUGUCUGGUCUCGGGAAGAGACUCAAUCAUGGUUGUUAUGAUCAUGGAAGUGCUGCUUAUUGAUUUGAUCAUUUAAUGGUACUGCCAUGGCUUUUUUUUUCUCUUAUGAAAUGUACUGUCAUGACUUCAUUUUUAAGAAAGUAUAUCAAACUAUGUAAUUUAUUACUGUGCAGAUUCAUAUAUUUUCUCCCCUAACUUUGGAAGUUGAAACUA